GUUGCUUAUUACCAGACUAUUCUCAACACAGCAUUCUCUGCUAACCCACCACAAAAGAUGAGCGACAAACUUCCGCCUCUGGCAUCCGGGGCGGUGCUGAAGCCUUCAGAUCCCGUUCCGACCGGUGCCGUUCCGGUGGGCGGCAUCGACUUCAACCAGCCGGAGAACAAAAACAUCCGCGUGUCGUCGCUCGUGCAGAGCAUGAAGACGAUGGGGUUCCAAGCGACGUCGGUCGGAGUUGCGUGUGAUAUCAUCAACGAGAUGCGGAGCUGGAGAGGACACACGAAGCAGGAGCAGGCGGAGCGGGAGGAGAACGGGCUGCCGGCCGAGGAUGGGACGGGGGAGGAGAAAUGUACGAUAUUUUUGGGAUACACGAGUAAUUUGAUUUCGUCGGGGCUGCGGAGUACGCUCAAGUACCUCGUGCAGCACAAGCAUGUGUCUGCGAUCGUCACGACCGCGGGUGGAAUUGAGGAGGAUCUGAUCAAGUGUUUGGCCAAGACGUACAUUGGAGAUUUCAGUCUUCCUGGCGCGGGACUGCGUGAGCAGGGCAUGAAUCGGAUCGGAAACUUGCUGGUUCCGAACGAUAACUACUGUUUGUUUGAGGAAUGGAUCGUUCCGAUUUUAGACAAAAUGCUCGAGGAGCAAGAGGCUGAUCCCGAACUACUGUGGUCACCUUCUAAAGUCAUCGCGCGGUUAGGCAAAGAGAUCAACGACGAGGACUCGGUCCUGUACUGGGCCUACAAGAACGAGAUCCCAAUCUUCUGCCCCGCGCUCACAGACGGAAGCAUCGGCGACAUGCUUUUCUUCCACACAUUCCGCGCCUCGCCCCUGCAGCUGAAAAUCGACAUCGUGUCCGACAUCCGCAGGAUCAACAGCAUGUCGAUGGCGGCCGCCAAAGCGGGCAUGAUCAUCCUCGGCGGCGGGCUGGUCAAGCACCAUAUCGCGAACGCGUGCCUGAUGCGCAACGGCGCGGAUUUCGCAGUGUAUAUCAAUACCGGGCAGGAGUUUGACGGAAGCGACGCCGGUGCGAGACCGGACGAGGCGGUGUCGUGGGGAAAGAUCAAGGCGGAGGCGAAGAGCGUUAAGGUGUAUGCGGACGCUACUAUCGUCUUUCCGUUGGUUGUGGCGGCUACUUUUGCUCUUGAUGAGGAGUCGGCUUAGUGUACAAUACUAGCAUCUUAAAGUUGUAUUUAAUUGAAAAAGCCAGGCACAUAUGAAUAAAUUAAAA